AUUUUUUAUACAAUUUUUAUUAAAUUAAAAGGGAAUAAUAUAUAAUUUAUUUGAAAAAUAUUGUAUUCAAAACUUGAAUUUGGUUUAGAGAGUGGACCGAUAGAUCCAACGCGAUUGACACGACGUCGUAUUGCGGCCAAAAUGUUAAGGGUUACCAGCAUUGCCCUUUGAUCUCGAUUCCGGCGAUUGGCGAAACCGACGGCUUCUUCAAUGUCGAACAACGGCGUAACGAUCUCCGUCUCCGACGACGACCUGGAGGACCCUCCUAACCGUAUCCGCCUUCGGAACCGCCGUAAGCGUCGGAAAUCCGGCCCGAGGGGCAAGUCGGACUUCACCCGAAAAGUUCUUACCAAACUUCUGCGCUGGUGGCCCGCUUUGCUCCUCGUCGCUGCAUUCGCUCUCUUAGCCUACGAGUAUUUCAACAUCGGAGGCGGCGAGAGUCGGAUUCCGUCGCCGGUGAAGAAGUCGGCGACCAUCGGUUCUCAGCAGAGUAAAGCUAAGCCCCAUGGGAACUUGAACAAGCUGGAUCCAAUUACUCGCGUUGUCAGGGGCGUUAGAGAACCUUGCUUGAAGCUCCUACCACUUGAAGAACUUGAACGAUUAGAAAUUCCAAAUGAUGAGGAAACUUCAAGUCCAAUAAAAGAAUUGGUAUAUGCGAUGGAGCCUUAUAGAGUUGGUGAGGAAGGGAAGCUUAACUUACCUCCAUAUUCGAACAGUACAAGAUUUAAUUUGUUCACUGGAAACCAAACUCUUGAGCAGAGAGAAGAAAGUUUUAAGAUUUCUGAAAGACUUGAGGUCCCCUGUGGGUUCUACAGUGAAAAGGGUGGUUUUAGGAUAUCUUCCGACGAUAAAAGCUACAUGAGUACCUGCAAAGUUGUGGUUUCUACCUGCGCAUUCGGUGGUGGAGAUGAUCUGUAUCAACCUAUAGGAAUGUCGGACACGUCAAGUCAAAAGGUUUGCUUUGUGGCAUUCUGGGAUGAAAUUACACUUGCAACGCAAGAAGCAGAAGGGAACAAAGUUGAUGACAACCAUUUUGUUGGAAAGUGGCGCAUUGUAAUAGUUAGGGAUUUACCUUUUAGCGAUCAAAGAUUGAAUGGGAAAAUACCAAAGAUGCUUCCCCACCGCCUUUUUCCAAAUGCUAGAUAUUCUAUAUGGGUUGAUUCAAAAUCCCAAUUCAGGAGAGAUCCUCUUGGUGUGCUGGAGGCCUUACUUUGGCGUUCCAACGAUGAACUUGCUAUCUCUGAGCAUGGAGCUCGCAGUAGUGUCUAUGAUGAAGCAAAGGCUGUUGUCAAGAAAAAUAAGGCCACUCCAGAGGAGGUUGACGUCCAAAUUACUCAAUAUCAGAAAGAUGGCCUCCCAACGGAUAAGAGGUUCAAUGGGAAUAAAGCUCUCAAUGAGGCUUCUAUAAUUGUGAAAAAGCACACUCCAGUGGUGAAUUUGUUCAUGUGCCUGUGGUUCAAUGAGGUUGUCCGCUUCACUUCACGAGAUCAACUAAGUUUUCCAUAUGUUCUCUGGCGGCUCAAAGAGUUAAAGCGGAUCAACAUGUUCCCUGUCUGCGUCAGAAAGGAUCUUGUCAAUAGUAUGGGUCAUAUACGAAAGGCAAAGCCUCUGACAAAUUGAUUUCCCUGGUAUUGUGUUAAAAGCAAUGCUUAGCUUCCUAACUUGAAUCCGAUUAUUGAGUUCACAAGCAAAAUGCUGCAGAACAGGCCUUGCCUCUCCAGCCCGUGUUUGAUCAACCUCAUUGUGCGUGUAAAUGAAAAAAAAAGGCUCUUGAUCACUCCCAUAUUCGGUCACUAUCAGAGCAGAUAUUAUGCUAGCAACCCGAAGCAUUUUGUGCAUCAUUCUCUACUGGUUCAUGUAAUUUUUUUUUUCAGAAACAUAUAGUGUCCUGAAUAGGUUCUUGGAAGUAACACUUUUACCACCCCCCCCCCCCCCCCACCCCUCCCACCUGUAAAUUGCUUACAAUCAUAUUCUCAAAGUGACAUUACUGCAGGACUAGGUAAAUCUAUGAUUUUUAUUCUUUCCUUUGACGAUCAUUGUAUACUUUUUCUGUCUGUUUUACGAUGAAAUUCCCUGUGAUUUAUUCACCAUUAGACUACCUAAUCCAGCAUGUUGAUUUAUGGCAACAGGUAGCUCUUAAUUUUAUUGAAUCCA